UCAUGGCACAGAACAUCAGAGAUGUCAGUUUGGCUCCUCGCGCCUCUUCCUAUCCAUUCCCCCACCCAGACGGCCUCAGCUUACGUCGAGAACCACGCCGACUCCCAGGCCACAGAUGGGGCCAUGUCCACCAUCGCCGAGCUCAGGUCGGUAGACGUGGGGGCCCUCGGGCUUACCACGAUGACCCUCAUCAGCAAAUCCUACCAGACCAGCGACAUUCACAAGGGCUGGGCCCAGGCUUUCGAGGGGCGGCGCUGCGCAAGGAAGCACGACUACCACAACAAGGACGUGUUGUCUCAGGCAAAACUUGAAUACGACGAAGAUGCGCGAUGCCCUGAACAUAGGGCUGCAGACGUUUGCAGGACCUCGGAGGAAGAUGCCUGGGAGGAUGAGGUUUUGAACGCGUUCGAAGAGGCGACAUGGGAUAGCGACGAGCACGCAAAGGCCAACCCGAAGCCCGAGCCUGAGCUGAUGGGCCACCGUGAGGAGAAGGAGCGCCUCGAGCCCGAGAUGCGGGCCCAGCUCGCCGAGAAGAUCAGGAAGCUCAGCGCGGCCGAGAAGGCCAAGCUCGCGGAGCUCGUGCGGGCCGAGAAGGAGCGCAACAAGGCCGAGGACGACGCGUUCGAGGCGCUGUGGGACGAGCUUGGCGCCAAGGGCGAAGCCGCGCAGGACGAAAGGGAGCUGGAGAGGCAGAUCGAGAGGGAAGAAAGGAAGGAGGCGGAAAGGAAGAUGAAGGAGACCCAGAAGGGGAUUCAGAAGGAGAAGAGAAAGAUGCUGGGGGUCGACGAGAGCGACGACGACGACGACGACGACGAAGAGGACGAGGACGACUACAGCGAGGACGAUUCUUUGUGCACUGACGGCGGCAAGUCUGUGGUUAGCGAUAAAUCCCGAGACUAG